CGGAAGUGGUCGCUGCCGCGCUGGUUCCGGUCGCUGGGGCGCGGAGGCCGAAGUGCCCAUGGCGGAGGGCGGCGGCCCCGACGGGCGGGCCGGACCGGGGCCCGCAGGUCCCAACCUGAAGGAGUGGCUGCGGGAGCAGUUCUGCGACCACCCGCUGGAGCACUGCGAGGACACCAGGCUCCACGACGCCGCCUACGUGGGGGACCUGCAGACCCUCCGGAGCCUGCUGCAGGAGGAGAGCUACCGCAGCAGAAUCAGGAUUAAAAAUGAAGCUCUGCACGUCUGCAAAGGAUUGUCACAUGGAGACAGCAGCCGCAUCAAUGAGAAGUCGGUCUGGUGCUGCGGCUGGCUGCCCUGCACCCCGCUGCGCAUCGCGGCCACCGCGGGCCACGGCCACUGCGUGGACUUCCUGAUCCGGAAGGGGGCCGAGGUGGACCUGGUGGAUGUGAAGGGACAGACGGCCCUGUACGUGGCCGUGGUGAACGGGCACCUGGAGAGCGCCCGGAUCCUCCUGGAGGCCGGCGCCGACCCCAACGGCAGCCGGCACCACCGCAGCACCCCGGUCUACCACGCCUCUCGGGUGGGCAGGGCCGACAUCCUGCAGGCCCUCAUCAGGUACGGGGCAGACGUUGACAUCAACCACCACGUGAUUCCGGACAUCCGGCCCCCCUUUUCCCGGCGCCUCACCUCCCUGGUGGUCUGCCCCUUGUACAUCAGCGCGGCCUACCACAACCUGCAGUGCUUCAGGCUGCUGCUGCAGGCGGGGGCCAACCCCGACUUCAACUGCAACGGGCCCGUCAACACGCAGGGCUUCCCCCGGGGCUCACCCGGCUGCGUCAUGGACGCCGUGCUGCGGCACGGCUGCGAGGCGGCCUUCGUCAGUCUGCUCAUAGACUUCGGCGCCGACCUGAACCUGGUGAAGUGGGAGCCCCUGGGCCCCGAGGCCCGGGGCCGGAGGAAGGUGGACCUGGAGGCCCUGCAGCUCUUCAAAGAGGCGAGAAGUGUCCCCAGGGCUCUGCUGAACCUUUGCCGCGUGGCUGUGAGGAGAGCUCUCGGCAAACACCGACUGCACCUGAUCCCAGCGCUGCCGCUGCCGGACCCUGUCAAGAAGUUCCUGUUGCAUGAGUAGCGGCCGGGUGGCCCGUCGUGGCGCCGUCAGCCCGCGUCCUGCCCGCCAGCCCCUCCCGGCGCCCACGGGCCUCGCCGGGCUCCAGCGGGGUUGGCGGCCGGGGCUCUGCGUUGCCACCCCUCAGGAGCCCCCCCCGGGGGUGCACGUGGGACCCGGCUUGUCAUUCCUCAGUGUCUGUCCUGGGUUUCACGGUCGCCUGUGAGUGAGUGGCUCGGCCGGCGUGCAGGUGUGGGCGGAGCCUCCAGCACUUGCCAGAGCUGUGCGUCUGUUUGUGUUUUUACUUCUCAAUCUGAUUGUUUGAUUCAUCCUUCGAAUACCAAGUGAAAAGGAAGUUUUGGGUAAAAAAGUGAGGAGUAUAGAAAUACAUUUCACAAACUUGCUGGUUUUUCCUGUGCGCUGGGGGUGGACGCGUGACUUCUGUCACGUGCGCUCUGCCUCCUCGCCAGGCCAGCGCCCUCCCCCGGGGGUGGACGGUCCUGCGGUCUCUGGUCAGGGGUGGGUCCCUGGCCACACGGGUUGGCCAUGUUAUUGCGACAUCAGCACCUGUGUGUGUUCGCGGUCGGAAGGCGCCUCUCCAGGCGCCCAGGGCUGCGGCUGCUCCGCUACCAGACGGUGCGCGGCGUCGUGCCGGCCGGUCCCGCGCUCUCCGCCGCCUCGCUGUGGGGAGCUCGCAGACGCCGAGUGGCCAUGGGAGGCCCGGCCACCUCGCCUGCACCUGGGCCGAGGGCCGCCCAGCAGCGUCCACUGCCCGCUCAGCAGAGGAGGCCCGUCCCUGCACACGCAGGGGCACCACGCGCCCAGCUGUCACUUGCCCGUGCCCAGCGGGCAAACCCUCGUGGUCGUGGUUGCUCGCAUCUUUUCUGGGCCUGAUGCUGUGCAGUUGCUCCUGGAGCCUGAGAACGAGGAUGGCAGUGAGCACCGGUCUCCCCCGCCUGCCAGCCGGGGGCCGGGGGCCGGGGGCCGGGGCCGAGCCGGGCGGCUGCCCUCAGACACCUGGGGCUGCGGCAGGGCUGCCUCGCACCUGGGCCACACGGCCAGGUGGGUGGCUGCCCCGCCAGGUGCGGCUGUUCCCAGGGAAGCCACGGCUGGUCACUUGGGGCCUCGGAGCCAUGCUGUGGCUCCGUGGUGACUCUGGCCUUUAGAAGGGUUUAGAGAUGGGCGGAUGUCAAGUCUGUGGUUGAUUUUCUGUAGGAAGGGAAACACAGUCUGUAACAAUUGCACUGAUGACGUGGGUUUAUUUAAUUACUAACAUCGUUAUGUGUUUUACCCACCAGACAGGCAGCGUCUGGUCCUGCUCUUCCGAGGCCCAAGGGUAGGGCUCUAUGCCUGCCGCCCGUGCGGCGGCUGGGCUCCGAGCGGGAGAGCCAGGCUGCCCUGCGUGGCGCCGGAGGGGAGCCCUCCUUGCUUCAGAGGGGAUGCAGGCACCGCAGGCCUGGCACUGUAACCGGCUGGGGCCCGAGGUCCGGCUCUGUGUCGCCCCUGAGGGACGGGGAGCCUGGGUGGCUGAGCGCUGGUCUGGACCUGCUGAAGUCAGGGUGGUCCCCUGAGAGGGGCGGGCCUGCGGGUGGUGUGUGCUGAUGGAGGCUGUUCCCUGUGGCCGGGCAGGUGGCUGCAGGGGCUUCAGCCAGGGCCGGGGCUUAGGUGUGUU